AAAAAAAGGAGGCGGUAGCGAUAACGACGACGACGACGACAUCUAUUUAGCUUUACGGAGAGUGUCCGUCUCGGCUGGACAGCUAUGUCCGCAGUAAGAAUUAUGAGACAAGUGACGAGUGCGUGAAGACGGCAGAACUGAGACGAGAAGGAGAAGCUGAGGACGGUAGCAGGGCAGCAGCCUGGGACAGAAUCCCUGAAAGCGAGAAAAAAAAAAAGGCAGGAAUGUAGUACUGCGCAUGCGGGAGUCUCGCAAAGAAACGAGGACGCUUCGCGGACAGGCAGGAGGGAAUCCCGGGCAGUGAAGAGGCCAUUGGUCGUAUAAAAGUCUGUCCUUGUACCGCAGCAGUUCAGCCAGAAAGCUGCUACUUUUCCACUUUGAUAAGGUUGCAACAUGUAAUGGGUAAUGGCCUCCAAGCCAGGACUCUGAAUGUGAAAGGACAUCCUGCAGAUCAAGGCACAGACACUGGGGAACUGAAGGGAACCUGCUGAACGUGUUCUCACCCGGACAAGGCGUCAUGGAGGAGACACUGUCCCGCAUCAAAGAAGAGGACUGUGAGUGGGAGCCUACCCACCUUCCACUGCACAGUCCCCGUGUGAAACUGGAGGAAUGCGAAAGAAAUAUUUCCACAGUCAAAGAGGAGCCAGGGGAGGCCUUCUUUGACAUUAAAGUGGAGGAUUCAGGGCAUGGCCCCGAUGGCCAUGAAGUGCAGAAACGCAAAAUGUUUAACAUUUUUAAGGAAGAUUCAUCUAUAGAGAGUGCCUCCAGUUUACAGUCAUGUCCAGCAUUGCAAAAGGAGAUGCCUUGUGUAGAAUCCAGUACUGAGAAUCGCUUUCCUCAACAGCCUUCUGUUAAACUGAAUGCCGAAUUACCUGAACUUGCAGAGAAGAAUGAGGGGGGAAUACUUCACAAGAAAGACACUAAAGAACAACCGUCAUCUACAAGGAAGCCUGGAAUAUGCAGAGAAAAGAAGGAGAGCUCACCCCAGUCUUCAGUUACCAAGACGUCUCUUCACCGCCGACCUCAUCUUGAAAAAUGUGAUAAAACUGAGAAGAAAUCGACUUCUGGAUCAGACAGUUCAACAAAAGCCUCUUUGCCUGUUGUAAAACUAGAAAGACUGGAUUCCAGUAGCAGUCAAAUAUAUGUGUAUAAUGCAAACUCUAUGGAUUUUUAUGUCUGCCGAGAGUGUGGGAUAAGUUUUAAAAGUAAAUCUGAUUGUGAGGAUCAUCAGUGGAUUCAUAUGAAACAGAAACCACAUUCCUGUUCUGAAUGUGGCAAGCAAUUUUCACAGAGAAAUUAUCUCAGGAGGCAUAAGAGAAUCCAUGCGGGAGUGAAACCUCAUUGCUGCCCUGAAUGUGGUAAACAGUUCUCAGAUUUAAGCGGCCUUCGGAAACAUGGACGAGUUCAUACUGGUGAGAAGCCGUAUUCUUGUACUGAAUGUGGCAAGCUAUUCUCUGACAGUAGCAGUCUUCAGAAACAUACAAGAAUUCAUACUGGGGAGAAGCCAUAUUUCUGUACUGACUGUGGCAAACGAUUCUCACGCAUUGGCAGUUUUCGUAUACACAGAAGGAUUCACACUGGAGAGAAACCUCAUUGCUGUUCUGAAUGUGGCAAACAAUUCACGUCUGUAAGUGGCCUUCAAAAACACAUGAGAAUUCACACUGGAGAGAAACCAUAUCGCUGUAAGGAAUGUGACAAACGAUUUGCACAAAUAAGUCAUCUUCAGAACCACACACGAAUUCAUACUGGAGAGAAAGUUCAUUGUUGUUCUGAAUGUGGUAAGCUCUUCUCACAAAUAAGCAGUCUUCAGAGCCACAAAAGAAUACACACAGGAGAAAAGCCGUAUUGUUGCUCUGAAUGUGGUAAACGAUUUUCACACAGCACCAAUCUUCAGAAACACACUAGAAUACACACUGGUGAGAAGCCAUAUUGCUGCUCUGAAUGUGGCAAACUAUUCUCGUACAGCAACAAUCUUCAGAAACACAUAAGAAUUCACUUUGGAGAGAAACCUCAUUGCUGCUCUGAAUGCGGCAAGCGAUUUUCACAACUGAACAGUCUGCAGAGCCACAUAAGAAUUCACACUGGAGAAAAACCACAUUGCUGCUCUGAAUGUGGAAAGCGAUUUUCGCAAAUGAGCAAUCUUAAGAGGCACACAAGAAUUCACACGGGAGAGAAACCUCACUGCUGUUCUGAAUGCGGAAAAGGAUUUUCACAAAUUAGCAGCCUAAACAAUCACACGAGAAUUCACACUGGAGAAAGACCUUAUCGUUGUUCUGAAUGCGGCAAGCAGUUCUCUCAGAUAAACCAUCUUCAGAGCCACACACGAGUUCACACAGGAGAGAAGCCACAUUCCUGCUCUGAAUGUGGAAAAAGAUUUUCCCAGGUAUGUAGUCUUCACAAACAUGCCAAAGUUCACACUGGAGACAAACCUCAUUGCUGCUCUCAAUGUGGGAAACGCUUCUCACAAAUAUGCAGUCUUCAGAAACAUGCAAAAAUUCACACUUCAGAUUAAACCUGAUUGCUUCUCCGAAUUUGUCAAACAAUGAUUUAACGAAAGUAGUGCGAAGACACCUGGGAAUCCAUGCCUGAGAAGAAACAGUAUAAGGAAACUUGAGGCUUGUCUGGGAGUCCUGGGGAUAUUUAGGCUAUUACUUUGUCCAGAAAGUGGUCUUAUGGGGAGCACUUGAAACAAAUGUAUGAAAAUAAGACAAAAGUAAAAUAAAAAGUGGUACCAUAACCUACAAGUGUAAUGCACUCUUGACAUAACAACAUGUUAACAUGCUAGAGAAACUGCUUUGCUGUUUUGUUUCUGCAAGGAAUAUUCCACAAUCAGAUACAUGUGGUAGGACACAGUUACGGGAGACAAUUAAAAUAGAAAAAUAUGAUUAGAAAAAAAUCACAGUGGACUUUUAGAUAUGUAAUGGCAGAUGACAAAAAUAUGUACAUCACAAAUUUAUAAAGGCUUUAAGCCACCAUCUUUGACUUCAAAGGCAUACAGAACACAAUAUCACAGCCUCACACUUAAACCACUGACCUUACAGCCAGUGCUGUGUGUGAGGGAUGACGACUAGAGAGGAGAUCGGAGGAUUAAAAAACAGGUAUUGGGCAAA